AGGACACCUAGGAAUCCAAACCUAGGGAGUAUGCUGUAAUCCAUACUCUCAGCGAGUACAACAAAAGCAUGCCCCGCUGCUCUGUGCACACUGCAGACACACCUCUGUACUAGCUUGGCUCUAUCUUUCCCACCUCUCUUUCUCUCUCUCCAACAUGCACUCCACCAUUAUCACCUUCUCCACUCCAAAGCCCUCAUUUUCUCCUUAAAAAGAAGAAAGUAAUCAGAUAUUACUAAUUAAGCUUUUUCUCUCUCCCCCCUUUCUGUCUCACUCUGUAGGUUAAGUCUACCAAACCAAACCAAUUAACCAAACCCAACCCACCAAACCAACCGUCACAAAGCUCUUCACGCCGUUUUUGUGGAAACCAGGCUUUGAACAUUGAAAAAUUGCUUGAAAGAAAAGAGAAUGGGUUGUGCUCAGUCUAAAGUAGACAAUGAAGAAUCAGUGGCGAGGUGCAAGGAGCGGAAAAUGCUUAUGAAGGAGGCGGUGGUUGCUCGAAACGCCUUAGCAGCUGGUCAUUCUGGUUUCACCAUCUCUCUCAAGAACACGGGUGCUGCUCUGAGCGAUUAUGCCCAUGGUGAAGUUCCUGAGCCCCAUUUCCAGCAACCUCCUCUUGAACCCAUUUCGCAACCCCCGCCGCCUCCUCCUCCUCCGCCGCCGUCCAUGGAGAACCUUCAGCCUCCUCCUCCUCUGCCUUUCUCUCCCAGUCCCAUCAAGCGCUCGAUGACCAUGCCUGAGAUCCCCAUGAAGGAGCAUAGAAAGCCAGGGAAUGAAAUCGAUUCCAUUGCCAUUGCGGAGGAAGACGAGGAGGAAGAAGAACAUGAGUUGAAUCACAGACCUCGAAGUGGGAAUGCUAAUAAUAAUAAAAAUACUAAAAACAAAGAUUUAAGCGUGUCGCGGGGCCCACCUAAUGGAAAAGUGGGACCGGAGGAAACGCAGCUGUCCCCGUCAAGGACGCCGGAAAAUCAUUCGGUGCCGCCUAUGCCGGAGGCUAAGAACAUGGCUUGGGAUUACUUCUUUAUGAUUGAUCAUAUGCAAGGGCCAUCUUUAGAACCUGAGGAAGUUGCAACGAAUGCAACCGACACCGGUUUUGACAAUGUCGAAAAUUUGGGCGUUCGGUUUAGUGAAACAGAGAAUUCAGGUGGUGGUGAAAUCGACGGGGUUGAGCCAAAGACGCCAGAGAAAGCAACGGAACACUUAUCUGAGCCAACCGCUGUGGAGGAGGAAGGGGAAAAGGAGACUACGAAGGAGAGGCAGAUCGAGCAUGCAAAGACAGUACCUCCUGAUUUUAGGAUGAUGGGGAAGAAGGUGGCUCCAGUUCCAAGUGUGAAUUUAAUGCAGGUUUUGGGUGAAAUUGAUGACCAUUUUCUCAAGGCAUCUGAAAGUGCACAGGAGGUUUCAAAGAUGCUUGAAGCCACUCGCUUGCAUUACCACUCUAAUUUUGCGGACAAUAGAGGAUAUGUUGAUCAUUCUGCUAGAGUCAUGCGUGUCAUCACAUGGAAUCGGUCGUUCAAAGGUGUACCCAAUGGUGAAGGUGGCAAGGAUGAACUUGAUUCUGAAGAUUAUGAGACUCAUGCCACUGUUUUGGAUAAGUUGUUAGCAUGGGAGAAGAAACUCUACGACGAAGUAAAGCAAGGUGAGCUUAUGAAGCUCGAAUACAGGAAAAAAGUGUCUCUGCUAAAUAAGCAGAAGAAGCGUGGAGCCAGUGCUGAAUCCUUAGAAAAAACAAAAGCUGCUGUAAGUCAUCUGCAUACGAGAUAUAUAGUUGACAUGCAGUCCAUGGAUUCAACUGUUUCAGAAGUCAAUGAUAUACGAGACAAGCAACUGUAUCCAAAACUCGUUGAUCUUGUCGAAGGGAUGGCCAAAAUGUGGGCAAGUAUGUGCGCGCAUCAUGACAGCCAGCUGAAAAUUGUUACAGACCUUAAGUCCCUUGAUGUUAGCCAUUCUGCAAAGGAAACCACCAGACAACACCAUGAUCGCACCAAACAACUUCAUAAUGUAGUGCAAGAGUGGCAUUCACACUUUGAAAAGCUUGUGACAUAUCAAAAACAAUACAUUCAAAUUCUUAAUAGCUGGUUAAAGUUAAAUCUAAUCCCAAUUGAAAGCAGCUUGAAAGAGAAAAUAUCAUCUCCUCCAAAAGUGCCAAAUCCCCCUAUUCAACCCCUCCUCCAUACAUGGCAUGACUAUCUAGAAAAGCUUCCGGAUGAAGUGGCGAAAUCUGCUAUCUCAUCUUUUGCAGCUGUCAUAAAAACCAUUGAACUACAUCAGGAAGAAGAGAUGAAGCUAAAGGAGAAAUGUGAGGAAACAAGAAAGGAAUUUCUUCGCAGGAGUCAGGCAUUCGACGAAUGGUAUCAAAAGCACAUGCAGCGAAGGACCCCAACUGAUGAAAUCGAUGCUGAAAGAGGUGAAGAUGCAAAUGCCAAAGAUCCUGUUUACGAGAGGCAAUCUGCGGUUGAGAGCUUGAAGAAGAGGUUGGAAGAAGAAAUAGAAGCUCACCAAAGACAUUGCGUUCAGGUGAGAGAGAAGUCACUUGGAAGUCUCAAGAUUCGCCUCCCUGAGCUAUUCCGAGCUAUGUCAGACUAUGCUCACGCCUGCUCAGAUGCUUAUGAGAAAUUGAGGGCCCUCACUCAGUUGCAGAAUUCAACUCGUUGUCCACCAUAACAAUGUACACUUCUAUCCAGCUAGUAAAUUAAUCCUUUUAUGUUAAGCUAUAGUCAGCUCUACCUUUUGUAUGAAACAAUAUGUUCUUCUAGAAUGCUGGCCAUCUUUGUAUCUUCUUAUGUUGAAAAAGUUUUGCUUUUAUGUUCCAAUACUGCCCCCACCAUGCAUAUAUAUGUAUGUAGGCUUUAUAUGUACUAGUCCUGGAGAAGGGUAACUAGGUAGUUUAAUCUAAUUAUUUUAUUAUGGUGCUGAAUUGGAAGGUUACAUGGUGCGUCAAGCAGGUUCUGUUCUUUCCA